AUCGUCAGUCGACAACUGACUGAAUUGUUCCAAUAUUGCAUGUUGUUAAAUUUUUUUACUUCCUUUUGUUGUUAACAAUUACCCAAUUUGCUUGCUGUGAAGCAUGAAGGUAGAAGAAAUGCUCGAGAAAUUUCGGUCUGAAACACUCAGUUCCAUUGAAGCACUAAGAUUUCCUACGGCUUUAUAUUGGGCAGAAAAAGCUGUCACGGCAUCCGAUGGAUCAUUCCAAGACGUCUAUAUGUUGGGAAAAUGCAUGUUUUUUUGCAAACAGUAUCAUAGGGCUGCUAAGCUUAUAACACAAGCCCAUUUAGAUGAAAAACAUCUCAACUGCAAACAUCUUGCUGCCCAAUGUCUCUAUGAAGCACAAAUGUAUGCUGAAGCUUUACAGCUGCUCAAAAAUGAUCACAUGUGGAAUGACACAGGACUACGAAAUCAAAAGCCACAAUUAGGGGAUUCUACUUCCCUGAGUCAACAACACAGUGUGCAUAGUUCUAUGUAUCUCCUGCGAGGAAAGGUCCAUGAAGCUAUGGAUAACCGUAUCCCAGCUAUUGAAGACUACAAAAUGGCCCUUAAACUUGAUGUUUAUUGUAGUGAAGCCUUUGAAAUGUUAGUUCACCAUGAAAUGCUCACUCCUGAAGAAGAAAACGAUUUGCUGGAACACCUCCCGUUUGACGAACAAUGCACGAGCUACGAAGAUGAAGCCAAGCUGUUGAGGGCUCUUUACACCGAUCAAGUCAGAAAAUACUGCAAGCCGGAGGAAAGGGCUCCAUCAAGCGAAUUGAUGCCAUUACGAAAAAAUCUAUCAAUUCGUGUCAACCACGCUCAGAGGAUGCUUAAUGGAUGUGAUUAUCGAGGAUGUUUCAACAUGCUCCAAGAGAUCAUGAAAGCGGAUCCAAAUCAUCAAGCGUGUCUUCCUAUUUAUAUCACGUGUUUAGUGGCUAUGAAAAAUUCGCAAAUUUUGUUCACACUAUCACAUCGAUUGGUCGAUUCCGAACCGGACAAUGCCACUUCCUGGUUUGCUGUGGGAUGCUACUAUUACGUCAUUGGUCGGUUUGAAGAAUCUCGAAAAUAUCUUCAUAAAGCAACAACGUUGGACCGGAAUCUCGGAGCUGCGUGGCUCAUGCGUGGCCAUGCAUUCGCUGCAGAGAAUGAACACGACCAAGCAAUGGCUGCCUACUUCAAAGCGUCACAGUUGAUGCGCGGUUCGCACCUCCCAAUGCUGUACGUUGGUCUGGAACAUGGACUAAUGAGCAACGUUCGACUGGCCAAUAGUUUCUUUAAUCAGGCCCAUUCCUUGGCGCCUGAUGAUCCUUUCGUCUUGCACGAACUGGGCACUGUGGCUUAUCAGAACGGUGACUAUCAGUUGGCGGAAAAGUGUUUCUUACAAGCGGUGGAUAUGGUUUCCUCCAUGCGGCACACAACCUCAUCCGGCGAUUCGAAUGAUUUCCCAAUGGAUGACACAUGGGAACCUUUACUGAAUAAUCUAGGUCACGUCUGUCGCAAGUUGAAAAAAUAUGAACAGGCCAUUGAUUUCCAUCAGAAAGCGUUACUGGUCAGUCCCAUGCGUGCCAGCACAUUCGCCGCCUUAGGUUACGUUUAUGCAUUAACGCUAAAGUAUGAUCAAGCGAUCGAAUACUUCCAAAAAGCCCUUGCUCUUAAACGAGACGAUACGUUUUCAACGACGAUGCUCAAUUCCGUACUGGAAGCAUAUCUCAAUGAAGCACCGGCUUUUCUAGGGGCUCCUAAAGAAAUCCCUCCACCCGUUACCAACUUGGCAGAAACAUCAGGCAAUCGUCAUGUCUUGGCCACUCCAGGUAUCAGCAAGCGACUCAUGGCCUCGACAUCUGCCAUGGAAAUGAGUAACAUGUCGAUGCCAGAUAUUAGUGAAGAAGAUGUCAUUCAAAUGGAUACCCCUGGUUAUUACUUAGAUGCUCGAGAUGACGACUCGGUAUUGAGUGGGAUAGCUUCUUUGCGUACACCAUCGGAUGCGUUAGUCACUCCGGCUAACAGUGGUACUGUAGGGUUCGGUUUCCGUCCUGGUGAACUUGGUCGAGGACAUAUGCGACAGGCUGCUGAAACAAUUGAAGAAGACACCCCAGAUAUUAUCCAACGACGUUGAAAUUGUUCCCAUGCCAGACACUGAAAAAAAUUUAAAAAUAAAAAACAU